GGACGCCUGGGCACUGCAGGGGCUGGCCGCGCAUCUGCGGCACCGGCUGGCGGACCAGGCCGCCGCCGGCUGGCGGUUGGUGGACCAGCAGAUGGCGCUGCAGCUGCAGGACGUGCUCGAGGAGGGCGCCAAGUCGACGGACGUCCCUCUGACCCCGGCCGACGGCGACCAGCUCGGCGCGGCGAGCGCCGGCAAAGGGGCCGCCUUGAUCAGGAUGAUGGAGUACGCCCUCAACCCGAAGGUCUUCGACAGCGCGGUGCAGACUUUCUACUCUCGCAGCGCUGGCAAGGCAGUAUCGGUGGACGACCUGUACGACGCGUUUUCCGACGCGGCCUACAACGGGGACUCGGGGCUCGACGACGGCGUGACUGUCGUCAACGUCUGGAGCUCCUGGGCGUCCAAGGCCGGCUACCCCGUCGUCACCGUCAUGAGGGACUACGAGAACAACGCCAUCACGGUGUCUCAGAGGAAAUUCUCCUGGGCGUCCAUCUCUGAUCGGGGCGCUCUCGGCGCGGAGGACGCGAACUCCGAGUGGUGGGUGCCCCUGUCCUACACGUACGCCCUGGAGCAGCAGAACGACGGCGAGAGACUGCUGUCGCCCCGGGACUGGCUGGUGCCUGGCGAGAACGACAUGCUUCUCGACCCCAUCCCGCACCUUUCCAGCGACGACUGGGUGUACUUCAACCUGGACCAAGCUGCGCCCUACCGAGUCAACUACGACACGUUCAACUGGCGCAUGCUCUCCAGGGAGCUGCUGGGCGUGCAGUUCGACAAGACGCUGCCGGCGGCCUCGCGGGCCCACCUCCUCGGCGACGCGCUCGCCCUCGCCCGCGCAGGGGAGCUCGACUACGCGCUGGCGCUGGACUUGGCGGUGUACCUGCGCCGGGAGGACGACCUCUUGCCGUGGCAGGUGGCCCGCCGCUCGUUCACCUUCCUGGAGGACCGCCUCCAGGGUGACGCGCUGGACUGGCUGCACCAGCUCGAGGCCCUGCUGCUCAAGGACGUGUACCUGGACGCGCAGUUCGGCAUGGGCGGCGCGCCGGAGGGGCAGAACCCCGACGUGCGGCUGCUGCGGGAGCUGGCGGUGACCUGGGCGUGCGAGGCCGGGCUGCAGCAGUGCCUGGAGCACGCCGACCAGCUCUACAGCGAGUGGAGCAGCGGCGGCCAGGCGCCGCAAGCCGACAUGGUGGAGGCCGUCCUGUGCCGCGCGGUGGCGUCGCGGGGUGACGACGCCCUCAGCUUCGUCCUGACCGCGCUGGCCGACGACACCCUGGCCGGAGGACAGCGUCGCAGCUACGUCCGCGCCGCCGCGUGCGGCUCCACGGAGCACCUGCUGCGGCGCGCCGUGUCCGAGGCCCUGGUCGCCAGCGGGCCGUUCACGUCGUCCGAGGUGGCCGAGCUGCUGGAGGCGGCGACUGCGCGGAAGCCCCACGGGUGGGCCGUCGUCACGGACUUCCUCGAGAAGGACUCCACCGGGAUCCAGCAGAGAACCGGGAACGAAGGGGAGCUGGAGAGGCUCUCGCUGCUCCUUGCGUCGAAAACGACCUCGCAGUCGCAGCUCGAUGAGCUGUUGCGGGCCGUGGCUGCGUCACAAGGCAGCGAGGACUCCACGCUGGCGGCGACCAUCCGGAACGAGGUGGCCGUCAACCUGGCCUGGGCGAACCUCAACGCGGACCUGGUCGCCGACUGGAUCCGCGUGUACCUCAACCUGCCGCCCGCCCCCACCACCCCCGCAGUGGUACCCACCACCGCCACGGCACCCACCACGACCACGAGGCCCACCACGGCCCGCCCCUCGCCCCCCACCACACCGACCAGCACCAGCACCACUCCCCGCGGCGCCGGCAGCGCCCCCGUCCCCGGCUUCGUCAUGUGGAUCGUCUCGCUGCUCGCGGUGGCCGCGGCCGCGCCCCGCCAGCGGUUCGCCCUACUUCGAGUGUAGGGACAGAACUUUGUUGCAUGACGUUAAUAAAAGAAAUUACUUCACUUUCGUA